UAUCAAGAUAAGGUUCCAUGGCUUCUUCCAAGUUUCAGGCGUUCUAUAACCAUCCAGCAGGGCCAAAAACUAUUUUCUUCUGGGCACCAACCUUCAAAUGGGCUAUAAACAUCGCCAACGUUGUUGACAUGUCCACGAAGCCGGCCGAAACUGUCUCUUACCCUACACAAGCAGCUCUAGCAUGCAGUGGACUUAUCUGGGCAAAGUACAGCACUGUAAUUACCCCUAAGAAUUGGAACUUAUUCGGUGUUAGUGUUGCUAUGUGUGCAACUGCUUCUUACCAGAUUUCACGUAAAUUGCAAUAUGAGUUCAUCAAGAAAUCGAACGAUGCGAAAAAAACAUUGAAGACAAUAUAGAGUCCGUUUGGGUCACAGAAUGUAAGAAUAAUCUGAUAACAUUAU